AUGGACAAAAAAGCUCAAGCUGUUGUUUCAGCGCCGAAACCUGCUUACAACGUCGAUCUGAUAAUUGACAGAUCGUUUCUGACUUAUCCAUUAUACCAUCAGUACCUACUCACCCCACUGAGUGAUCCAGCCGAAAAAUUUCGUUUCAAUGCACUCGAACAACACACUCUACCGACGCUUCCUACUCUUCAUGCUCCUCCCGCUCCUCCUUCUCCGUCUGCUCCUCCCGCUCCACCUGCUUCUUUUUCUUUUCUUUAUCCAACGAACAUUGUUCCAGUACAAAUGCAAAAUUACUCCCCGGCCAGUAACUCCGGUCGUGAACGUUCUGCAUCGUUCCCGCACCGGCCGAUAACACCUCGACGCCUUGUCGUUCUGAGGCCGUUGGCUCCGCAGUCACAUCGAAUGAAGCUGAAGCCACGAAAAAUCCUAUCCAAGCCGUUCAUUCGUCCUCCUGUCUCGUUAAAGAACCAUUCUAUUCGAUUUACGAACGAUGCCGACACUCUCAAUGAUGUUGCAGUUUUCUACAAGAACCUUCAAGCAAGUAAGAGACGCAUUAAGAUCCACGAAGGGAAAUCAUUCAGUGAACUGUUCAGCAGUGUCGGUGCCACCACCUCUAUCCUUCCUCCGGUGAAACAGAAUGUUCGGGAAGAGUUGCGAGAGGAAGUGUCGUUGUCGUUACCUUCGGGCGACCCACUCGACGCUCCUAUUCUGCUGAGACCGCUGACAAAUGAUGUUGUUGAACUAGGCAGGCUACACAGAGAGCAAGAAAUUGUCAAAGAAGAGCCAAUCGAUGCUUCCAUCUCAAGAACUACUCAUUUCGCUGACAGCUUUCCUAUACUAACAGUUGACGAAUGGUCGACCACGACAUAUCCAUCGAGUUCUACACCGAUCACUUCAGAGUUAAAGACGACAAAUAUGCAAGUUGACGAGACGGCCACUAUUAUUCCGACCCUGGAAAAUACACCAUGGACAGCACCUCCUUCUGAAAACAGCUUCCGUCCCAAUAUGAUUCCAUUAGCGCAAAACUUCACCAUCGAUGGUCCCCUGAUCGUGAUCAACAAAGUAGAUGGCAGUACAUCUUCCAGUCGAACUAACGAAGGCAACUCCUCCUCUCGGUUGCCACGCAGAACUGCUUCGGAAGUUGUGGAUCGCCUUUGGCUACAGGGUCGGAGAAAACACAGCCGAGCUAUGGCUUCUAAGACUUACAGAAGGAAACCAGUCUCAUCAAAACUUAUGCCAAUCGACGAGCCGUCUAUGCCUGAAAGGAAACCAUUCGAAGCGUUCUCUGUACUCAAAUUGCCCGAAACGUUUCCGUGUGCCAUUCUUUCUGUUCGCUUUUUCACCUUUUUGGAUUUGCUUUUGGACCUUAGAGGCUGA